GUCUCUCUAUUAAAUCCUGUCAUAUAAUAUGGAGAUACUCUUCUUUAUCGGCCUCGCCUCGGCAGCAGUGACUGUCACAAAGACCAGUCAAGGCCCUACCGGAUAUGAGGUGACCAUCAGCUAUCAGAAUGCAAGCGUGGACAGCGUCAUCAUCUCCAGCCUCCCCCAUCUGACAGACCAGUACUCGACCAGCUUCUGGUCGUACGCCAACUUCGAUCUGGCCGAGUACAAGCCUGGAGACUUCCAGCGCGAUCCCCAAGUGGGCUCAUACUAUCCCAUGGAGCAGACCAGCCCUGGCGAGUUCACCUGGACGCGGCCCUUCCCCAGCGGGACAUAUCAGUAUUCGUUUCUGUUGAACUGCGCCAACGCCAGCCUCUGCAACACCACGACAGGCCAGGAGAUCACCGAUCCGACCAACCCGCCCUUUGAGACCGUCGCAGGCUCUGAGCUGGUCUCCUCGUUCCAGGUUCCGUACGAUCCGGAAUUCCAGUAUUAUCCCGAUCUGCCAUUGAACCAGGACUAUGCGUUGCCGUACGGGAACAACGCCAGCAAGGGCCGUAUUGAAAUCGGCACGUAUCCGUCGCCGGGCUCUAUCAGUCCCUCCGAUGGGAUUCACGAUUAUGUCGUCUACCUGCCGGCAGGGUAUGACGAUGAUGCCUCCAACUCCAGCACGGUGUAUCCCCUGCUGUAUCUCUCGCAUGGCGGCAAUGGAGCAGCCGCCGACUGGCAGAACCAGGGGUACAUCUCCAACCUGCUCGACCGGUUGAUCGGAGAGGGCCAUCUCGAGCCGACUGUCGUGGUGAUGCCGACCUGGUAUGGCAUCUUACCCAACACGACCAACCCGCAGGCUCUCGAACAACGCAACUAUCCGACUCCGCCUGUCAUCGCAGAGCUGUAUUCCCGCUAUCUGUUCCCGUACAUCGAGGACAAUUACCGGGUCAGCAAUGAGUCCAGCAGGAGAGCCUUUGCCGGUCUCUCGCAGGGUGCAUUCGUCACUUAUGAGUUCUAUACCGCGUACACCUCGUAUUUCGGCUACUUUGGCUUUCUUUCGGGCGCAGCAGCGACAAACAGCGAGAAUGAAGCCCCUCCCUUGUCCGAAUAUGUCAAUGCCAGCAUGGCGGCGGCGAAUCCCGAUCUGCUCGAUCGAGGCAUCUUUGUCUCGUACGGCCAGUAUGACGUGCUGUAUACAGAUGCCCGGCGCAUGCAAGAAGCCCUGGACGCGCUGAAUGUCACGUAUGUCUCUCGCUUCAUUCCGUGGGGGUAUCAUUUCUGGAAUACUUGGCAGGAUGCAUUUUGGCAUUUCGGACGGGCGGCGUUAUGGCAGCCCCUGCCUUUUACCCGAUAUACAGGAUAUGGACAGUAAUUAGAUAGCUUACGGUCUUAGAUUCAUUUCUUGACCAGUUCUCUUUCUUAGGGUUAGAGUUAGGUUAUGCCGAGAUAGCAGGUAGCUGCUAAAUACUUAUUUACUACUCCU